AUGUUCCCCUUGCCAUCACCACCCCAGAAGCGUCGACGCAUUGACCAAUCCCAUGCCCACACUCAGUCUCAUCCGUCACCAUCCUCCAUAUCCACACCCACUGCAACCGCAACCACUACCCUCCCUGAAGCCGGCCCUGGGGCCGAGAAUAGCAACCUGUCCCCUUCUCACCAUCAGCCGCCAAUCCAAGAAGGCAGUCACAACCAUACUAGUGCCCAUAAUUCCGAAUGGCACCACCACCAUCACAACCAGCAUGACUACACCCCUUCUGCUCCACGAAUUCACUCUCACAGCCAGGGUCAGAGCUACAGCUCGCCUGCCUCGAUCGGCGGAAGCGUCAACGGCGGGCCUGGGAGUGGAGGAGGAGCUUUUCACUCGCCUGCAGGCGGCUGGUCGCAGGACGGAUUCUCGCAGGAUCCAGGAUUCUUGGCCUCUCAGGAAGAGUUGCGGUGUAUCCUAUUUUCCCUUGCGCAUUCGGCCGUGCCGACUAGGGUCGGAAGUUUGAGUCCCGAUCUUGCCCAUGAUCAACAACAGCAACAACACCGUCAACUGCAUGAUCAAGAUCCGGAUGAAAAUGACACGAGGGGAAGAAAGCGCCGAGGAGAUGGAUCGUCGUUACGUGCACGCGCACCGGUUUCAAGCGUUAAGAGAAUCGAGUAUUUGAAGAAUUACGUUGCGCAGGUAGCGCCUUGGCUGGACAUGUUCGACUCCCAACACACAUUCCAACAACAAAUGCCCGCAUUAGCACGAACAUUCCCUGCCCUCUCAUACGCCAUCCUCGCGAUCUCCGCCCGCCAAAUAGAACGCAAAAAAGGCGUCCAAGAUUUCUUCGACAGUCUAGAGCUCUACCAAGAGGCGAUCCGACUCCUCGGUCCCGUGCUACAGGUCCGUGAUCCGAAGAUAGUCGCGGCAUGUGUGCUACUGUGCUGCUUGGAGAUGAUGUCGGCGCGGGCGCAGGACUGGCGACGGCAUUUAGAGGGCUGUGCGGCGCUGUUCGGUGCGUUUGGAAUUCAUGGGUUUAGUAAGGGGUUGUUGCAAGCUGUGUUUUGGUGUUAUGCUAGGAUGGAUCUGUGUGGAGCGCUUAUAUCCGAUGGCACUCAAACGACGCUUCUUCAUCCGUCCAAGUGGCUUCCUCCAGGAUGCAAUGAAGGUGAUGCGUAUCGGAUGUUUAACGAAGCGAAAAGCGCAGACAUGCAUGCCAACUACGCGGUGUAUCUGUGUAUGAGAGCAACAGAGCUGGUUUCUGAUCGGACCAAGUUCGUGGAACUCGGAGAAGACAAUGGUUGCACAUCACAGGUCUUUGCCUCUAAGUGGCUUCAACUCUGGAGUGAGCUACAAUGUUGGUUUUCCGAGCGCCCGAGCGAAUUGGUUCCAGUUCAAACCGUCAACCGCAAGCCCUUCCCACAUAUCUUCUUCAUCCACUGGGCGGCGAUCUCCUCCAAUCAACUCUAUCACACAGCAUGCAUUUUGCUGCUGAAGAUAAUGCCCAAAGGCACCAGGCUUCCCCGAUCGCCUACGCUAUCACUGCUAUGGCAUGCGCGUCGAAUCUGUGGCAUCUCCUUGGCGAAUCCACACCAAGGCUGUCUGAACAAUGCCAUCCAACCGCUUUGGAUUGCAGGUCGGCUUUUCAGCCAUAUCACAGAACACCAGCAGAUCAUCCAGUUGAUUCGAGACAUCGAGGCCGAAACGGGAUGGGGGACGUGUUGGCGAAUUCGGGACUUGGAGAUUGCAUGGGGCUACGACACUCGUCGCGGCGCUAGAAAUAGCCACACAAGGACUUAUCCCAUCCCGCUCGAAUCGCAGGGUUAA